CGGAGGGAGUAGUAUUUAAUUAGCCACACAUAUUUUAAGUACAUGUAAUAUUAAAUACUGAAAUAUAAACUCCGCUUUGCACUCUUCUUUUCUCACUCUCCCAGAAAUUCCGUUUUCUCCUGACUUAAAUAUUCGACAUAUAAAAUAUGAGGAACAAACUUUAUAAAGCUUGGGAAUGUUAAGAAAACUCGUAUAAGUCUGAAAGUUCGGUUUAUACUAGAAAAACUGGAUGUUUUCUGAAGGGGUUGUAGCUAACCAAUCUGUAAUGAAGAAGGAAGCGACGCAGAACAUCCCCAAGGGACAGGGGAGCGCUACAAACAACAGCUAUAGCCCACCUGCAGCCAAGGCACAGAUUGUUGGUUGGCCUCCAGUGAGAUCUUACAGGAAGAACACGUUGGCCACCACUUGUAAGAACAGUGAUGAAGUUGAUGGGAAGCCAGGUUACGAGGCGGCCCUCUUCGUGAAGGUGAGCAUGGAUGGUGCUCUUUAUCUGAGGAAAGUUGACCUGAGGAGCUACACUAACUACAUGGAGCUCUCUUCAGCCUUGGAGAAAAUGUUCACCACUUUCACUCUUGGGAAAGAUAAGCUCUGUGAGACCAAGCUCAAGGAUCUCCUGAAUGGAAAAGACUAUGUGCUCACUUAUGAGGACAAAGAUGGAGACUGGAUGCUUGUUGGAGAUGUUCCAUGGGACUGAAGAUAAUGAAAGGGUGUGAUGCCAUUGGGUUAGCUGCAGCUCCGAGAGCAAUGAAGAAAUCGAAGAUGAGAGCUUAAAAGACUUGGAAAAAAAAAGAAGAGAAAAGCUUUCUAGUUAUACAAAUUAUGUGCGGUUGAAAUAUCUUUUGGUGGUGUUUUUAAAAAUUUCAAAACAUCUUUAGCUUCUGAAUUUUUUUUUUAUUAUAAAAACUACGUACGUAAGAAAUGAAGAAGAAUUGACUACGCUAAAGCUUUAGUAGAACCAGUAAACUGGUGGCUGUUUCUACUGUCUAGAGUCUGGUCUAUGUUUGGUUUGAUUUGAUUUCGAUGUGUGGUUUGACUUUUCUAUUUUGGGAUAUUAAUGUAAUGUUGUUAUUCUGCCUC